UAGUAACGCCGCGUCUGUCUUAGCCGGCGCACGCGCAGAUAGCACUCUAUAUAAAAGUCCAUGUGCCAUCAAGUCGAUCCAAUUACACACCAAACAUGACUGCAGAAGCAUCAAACCUGAGUGAUCUAUUCGUACAUGAUGACCAUGACCACGACCAUGAUCAUGGUCCCGAGGAUUCGGAUGGUGUGGUCCUCGCUAAGGGUGUCGCUAUGGCCGUUCUGUUCUGCGCUUCCAUGAUCUGCGGGCUGAUACCAUUGUUAUUGGCCAGGAAGCUGAGAUGGGUCUCCGCCGCGGAAGCCACCGAUAUGAAGUCCAAGAACAGAGUGAUUAUGAUACUCUUGUCUUUUGGAGGUGGUGUUCUGCUGUCUACAACCUUCCUCCAUGUAGUCCCGGAGGUCGACGAGGGGAUCCAAUAUUUACAAGAGAAUGGUAAGAUUGGAGAGCUGGAUUUCUCUUUGGCGCAGCUGCUUAUGUGCUGUGGUUUCUUCAUCAUGUAUCUGGUUGAAGAGAUAGUUCACAUGUACAUCCAUUACCGGGAGAAGAAGAAUGGAAGGAACGCUCCGCUAGUACGGAAUCUGAGCGUAAGGAGAAGUCGGGCGAGCAGCGAGGGAAAGGAGAACGGAGAGAAGAGUGUCACUACGUCCACCGCCGAUUUAAUAGAUCCAGCAUCAAUUAUAAAGGGAAAGGACAUUGAAAUAAAUGGCCAGGGUAUACAUAGCCACAGCCACGGCCAUGGCCACAGCCAUAUGCCAGUGACGUCAUCUGAUGACGUCACAUCCGCGCUGCGUGGUCUACUCAUUGUGCUGGCGCUCUCCAUCCACGAGCUGUUCGAAGGUCUGGCGGUGGGAUUGGAAUCCAGCACAGCCCACGUCUGGUACAUGCUGGGCGCGGUGUCGGCUCACAAGCUUGUGAUAGCUUUCUGUAUUGGAGUAGAAUUAAUAGCGACGCGAACAAAGACGUGGAUCGCAGUUAUAUACAUCACCACGUUCGCUAUCGUAUCACCGUUCGGUAUUGGCAUGGGUUUGGUGUUAGUGGGUGGUGACAGUGCUGCUGCUUCUGGUGUUUACUCUGUUGUGCUGCAAGGCCUGGCUUCUGGAACCCUACUCUAUGUUAUAUUCUUUGAAAUCUGGAAGAACGACAGGACUGGAAUACUGCAGUACAUCGCUGCUAUAAUCGGCUUCGGACUGAUGUUUGGAUUGAAACUUCUGACUGGUCACUCGCACAGUCACUCACACGAUGACAGUCACACUCACAGUCACAGUCACUCACACGACGCCGGACACCACGGUCAUAGCCACAAUUAAUUUAACUGAUAGUUUAAUAAUAACUUUAAGUUGUACAAAACUAGAUAAGUUAUGUUAUCGUAACGAUUGUUUGUGAACAUAUUUUUUUGUGAUCAGUCUAAUUAAGUAUUAAAUAAUUAUAUAGUAGUAAGUUAAAGCAUCAUUUGAUUAAUUCAGUAUUUUUAUUGUUAUUAUCGCAUAAAACUAACAAAUCGUCUAGUCAAGUUAAUUAAGAUAACUGAGAUCGAAAUAAAUAGUGAGAAUAUUCACAUUUUAAUACACUCGUUAAUAUUCUGAACAUCACUUUUGAUUUAUUGAAAUAAUCUGUACACACGUAUGACAUUAUGACAGAAUAGUUCACUAAAUAUUGUAAGAAACACAUACUAGAAAAAAAAAAAUCUACCGACGUGUUAAAAUUAACAGUUAACGCAAAAAUGUAUCCGAUUUGUGACAAAGCUAUUCGUAUGUGAUAUUAUAUCGCGCUCACAAAAACAUUUCAAUAAUGUUACACAAACAUAAAUGUAUAUUUAGAGACGAUGCUGUAAACUGUAAAAUAUUUCAGUAUAAUUUUAAUGUAAAUUAUUUUUUUCUUGUAAAUAUAGUCUAUAUAAAUAUAUAAAAAAAUGUU